AUGAGUGAUUGUAAGCCAACACCCACACCUUUCUUGUCUGGAGAAAAGCUUGAGGAUGGCCAAGAUACACCAUUGGUUGAUUGCACACUCUAUUGGCAAUUUGUGGGGAGUCUUCUUUAUCUCACUCACUCUCAUCUAGAUCUAUCAUAUGCAGUGGGUGUUGUUUCCAAAUACAUGCAGGAGCCUCAUGAACUACAUUGGAAAGCUACCAAGCGUAUACUUCACUAUGUUCAAGGAACCAUUAGCUAUGAGAUUCAUUAUUCAGUUGGAUGUACUUUGGAUCUCAUUGGCUAUGCUGAUUCUGAUUGGGUUGGUGAUAGUAUUGAUCGCAAGUCCACUUCAGAAUAUGUUCUCAAUUUGGGCUCUGGUCCCAUUUGUUGGUCAAGUAAAAAGCAAUCUUCCAUUGCUCUAUCAUCCACAGAGGCUAAAUAUCGAGGUGGAGUCAAUGCUACCAUUCAAGUUCUCUGA